AUGGUUGGAGGGCUAGAUGAAGGUGGUGAGAUUGUAGGUGGAGCGUGUGAUGGCGGCGGUGAAGUUUUGGGUGCAGAGGAUGAUGGAGAUGGUGGUGGUGGUUGGUUGUAUGACGGAGGGCUAGAGGAAGGUGGUGAUAUGGUUGGUGGAGGGCUAGAUGAAGGUGGUGAGGUUGUAGGUGGAGAAUAUGAUGGGGGCGGUGAAGUUUUGGGUGGAGAGAAUGAUGGAGAUGGUGGUGGUGGUUGGUUAUAUGAUGGAGGGCUAGAGGACGGUGGUGAGAUGGAUGGGGAAGGGCUAGAGGAAGGGCUAGAGGACGGUGGUGAGAUGGAUGGUGGAGGGCUAGAGGAAGGUGGUGAUGUGGUUGGUGGAGGGCUAGAUGAAGGUGGUGAGAUUGUAGGUGGAGCGUGUGAUGGUGGCGGUGAAGUUUUGGGUGGAGAGGAUGACGGAGAUGGUGGUGGUGGUUGGUUGUAUGAUGGAGGGCUAGAGGACGGUGGUGAGAUGGAUGGUGGAGGGCUAGAGGAAGGUGGUGAUGUAGUUGUUGGAGGGCUAGAUGAAGGUGGUGAGAUUGUAGGUGGAGCGUGUGAUGGUGGCGGUGAAGUUUUGGGUGGAGAGGAUGAUGGAGACGGUGGUGGUGGUUGGUUGUAUGAUGGAGGGCUAGAGGACGGUGGUGAGAUGGAUGGUGGAGGGCUAGAGAAAGGUGGUGAUGUGGUUGGUGGAGGGCUAGAUGAAGGUGGUGAGAUUGUAGGUGGAGCGUGUGAUGGCGGCGGUGAAGUUUUGGGUGGAGAGGAUGAUGGAGACGGUGGUGGUGGUUGGUUGUAUGGCGGAGGGCUAGAGGACGGUGGUGAGAUGGACGGUGGAGGGCUAGAGGAAGGUGGUGAUGUGGUGGGGGGAGGGCUAGAUGAAGGUGGUGAGAUUGUAGGUGGAGCGUGUGAUGGCGGCGGUGAAGUUUUGGGUGGAGAGGAUGAUGGAGACGGUGGUGGGGGUUGGUUGUAUGACGGAGGGCUAGAGGAUGGUGGUGAGAUCGAUGGUGGAGGGCUAGAGAAAGGUGGUGAUGUGGUUGGUGGAGGGCUAGAUGAAGGUGGUGAGAUUGUAGGUGGAGCGUGUGAUGGUGGCGGUGAAGUUUUGGGUGGAGAGGAUGAUGGAGAUGGUGGUGGUGAUUGGUUGUAUGAUGGAGGGCUAGAGGAUGAUGGUGAGAUGGAUGGUGGAGGGCUAGAGGAAGGUGGUGAUGUGGUGGGUGGAGGGCUAGAUGAAGGUGGUGUUGUGGUGGGUGGAGGGCUAGAUGAAGGUGGUGAGAUUGUAGGUGGAGCGUGUGAUGGCGGCGGUGAAGUUUUAGGUGGAGAGGAUGAUGGAGACGGUGGUGGUGGUUGGUUGUAUGACGGAGGGCUAAAGGACGGUGGUGAGAUGGAUGGUGGAGGGCUAGAGGAAGGGGGUGAUGUGGUGGGUGGAGGGUUAGAUGAAGGUGGUGAGAUUGUAGGUGGAGCGUGUGAUGGCGGUGGUGAAGUUUUGGGUGGAGAGGAUGAUGGAGACGGUGGUGGUGGUUGGUUGUAUGACGGAGGGCUAGAGGACGGUGGUGAGAUGGAUGGUGGAGGGCUAGAGGAAGGUGGUGAUGUGGUUGGUGGAGGGCUAGAUGAAGGUGGUGAGAUUGUAGGUGGAGCGUGUGAUGGUGGCGGUGAAGUUUUGGGUGGAGAGGAUGACGGAGAUGGUGGUGGUGGUUGGUUGUAUGAUGGAGGGCUAGAGGACGGUGGUGAGAUGGAUGGUGGAGGGCUAGAGGAAGGUGGUGAUGUAGUUGUUGGAGGGCUAGAUGAAGGUGGUGAGAUUGUAGGUGGAGCGUGUGAUGGUGGCGGUGAAGUUUUGGGUGGAGAGGAUGAUGGAGACGGUGGUGGUGGUUGGUUGUAUGAUGGAGGGCUAGAGGACGGUGGUGAGAUGGAUGGUGGAGGGCUAGAGAAAGGUGGUGAUGUGGUUGGUGGAGGGCUAGAUGAAGGUGGUGAGAUUGUAGGUGGAGCGUGUGAUGGCGGCGGUGAAGUUUUGGGUGGAGAGGAUGAUGGAGACGGUGGUGGUGGUUGGUUGUAUGGCGGAGGGCUAGAGGACGGUGGUGAGAUGGACGGUGGAGGGCUAGAGGAAGGUGGUGAUGUGGUGGGGGGAGGGCUAGAUGAAGGUGGUGAGAUUGUAGGUGGAGCGUGUGAUGGCGGCGGUGAAGUUUUGGGUGGAGAGGAUGAUGGAGACGGUGGUGGGGGUUGGUUGUAUGACGGAGGGCUAGAGGAUGGUGGUGAGAUCGAUGGUGGAGGGCUAGAGGAAGGUGGUGAUGUGGUUGGUGGAGGGCUAGAUGAAGGUGGUGAGAUUGUAGGUGGAGCGUGUGAUGGUGGCGGUGAAGUUUUGGGUGGAGAGGAUGAUGGAGAUGGUGGUGGUGAUUGGUUGUAUGAUGGAGGGCUAGAGGACGAUGGUGAGAUGGAUGGUGGAGGGCUAGAGGAAGGUGGUGAUGUGGUGGGUGGAGGGCUAGAUGAAGGUGGUGUUGUGGUGGGUGGAGGGCUAGAUGAAGGUGGUGAGAUUGUAGGUGGAGCGUGUGAUGGCGGCGGUGAAGUUUUAGGUGGAGAGGAUGAUGGAGACGGUGGUGGUGGUUGGUUGUAUGACGGAGGGCUAAAGGACGGUGGUGAGAUGGAUGGUGGAGGGCUAGAGGAAGGGGGUGAUGUGGUGGGUGGAGGGUUAGAUGAAGGUGGUGAGAUUGUAGGUGGAGCGUGUGAUGGCGGUGGUGAAGUUUUGGGUGGAGAGGAUGAUGGAGACGGUGGUGGUGGUUGGUUGUAUGACGGAGGGCUAGAGGACGGUGGUGAGAUGGAUGGUGGAGGGCUAGAGGAAGGUGGUGAUGUGGUUGGUGGAGGGCUAGAUGAAGGUGGUGAGAUUGUAGGUGGAGCGUGUGAUGGUGGCGGUGAAGUUUUGGGUGGAGAGGAUGAUGGAGAUGGUGGUGGUGGUUGGUUGUAUGAUGGAGGGCUAGAGGACGGUGGUGAGAUGGAUGGUGGAGGGCUAGAGGAAGGUGGUGAUGUCGUGGGUGGAGGGUUAGAUGAUGGUGGUGAGAUUGUAGGUGGAGCGUGUGAUGGCGGGGGUGAAGUUUUGGGUGGAGAGGAUGAUGGAGACGAUGGUGGUGGUUGGUUGUAUGACGGAGGGCUAGAGGACGGUGGUGAGAUGGAUGGUGGAGGGCUAGAGGAAGGUGGUGAUGUGGUUGGUGGAGGGCUAGAUGAAGGUGGUGAGAUUGUAGGUGGAGCGUGUGAUGGUGGCGGUGAAGUUUUGGGUGGAGAGGAUGAUGGAGAUGGUGGUGGUGGUUGGUUGUAUGAUGGAGGGCUAGAGGACGGUGGUGAGAUGGAUGGUGGAGGGCUAGAGGAAGGUGGUGAUGUCGUGGGUGGAGGGCUAGAUGAUGGUGAUGAGAUUGUAGGUGGAGCGUGUGAUGGCGGUGGUGAAGUUUUGGGUGGAGAGGAUGAUGGAGACGGUGGUGGUGGUUGGUUGUAUGAUGGAGGGCUAGAGGACGGUGGUGAGAUGGAUGGUGGAGGGUUAGAGGAAGAUGGUGAUGUGGUGGGUGAAGGGCUAGAUGAUGGUGGUGAGAUUGUAGGUGGAGCGUGUGAUGGCGGCGGUGAAGUUUUGGAUGGAGAGGAUGAUAGAGAUGGUGGUGGUGGUUGGUUGUAUGACGGAGGGCUAGAGGACGGUGGUGAGAUGGAUAGUGGAGGGCUAGAGGAAGGUGGUGAUGUGGUGGGUCGAGGGCUAGAUGAAGGUGGUGAGAUUGUAGGUGGAGCGUGUGAUGGUGGCGGUGAAGUUUUGGGUGGAGAGGAUGAUGGGGACGGUGGUGGUGGUUGGUUGUAUGACGGAGGGCUAGAGGAUGGUGGUGAGAUGGAGGGUGGAGGGCUAGAGAAAGGUGGUGAUGUGGUGGGUGGAGGGCUAGAUGAAGGUGGUGAGAUUGUAGGUGGAGCGUGUGAUGGCGGCGGUGAUGUUUUGGGUGGAGAGGAUGAUGGAGAUGGUGGUGGUGGUUGGUUGUAUGAUGGAGGGCUAGAGGACGGUGGUGAGUUGGAUGGUGGAGGGCUAGAGGGAGAUGGUGAUGAAUCAUUAGACGGUGCCGGAGACGGCUCUCCGUCACCUUCACAAUCAUCCUUCUUCUCUGGCCCUUUGCCAUCGCCGUGUGGGUCCGGGCCUUUCCCGGGCUUAGGCUAG